GCGAAACGAUAUCUAAAUUCGUCAUCGUCUCUGAGAUAUCGAUAACAAUUUCCUAGCCAAGUCGCGGUCGCGAUCGUUGUGUCGAAUUCUUUAUUCGUACGAAACGAAAAUAUAUAGUGCCAAUGUCAAACAAGAAUUGUGACAUUUCUUGUCGGAAUAAACUCGCGAACUGGGAAAUCAUAUUUUUUGAUAUUAUUAAAAGUAAUAACAUUCAAUUCACUUAAUAUCACUGCUAAAAUAUUAUUAAUAGUGAUAAACUUAUAAAAAUGGAAUCAAGAGCGCGAGCAAGUUCCGAACAAUUGUUAAUGCUUCUUGAGUUUAUGGAAAAUCAUAGUGACUUGGCUAGGCCUCUGGCUGGAGCUCAAGGUCGGGUAAGAUCGGAGCAACUAUGGGCUGAUCUUACAAACAUUUUAAAUGCUCAGGGAGGUGGGGUCAGCAAGACAACAGAAAAGUGGAAAAAAGUAUGGGCAGAUUGGAAGUCAAAGACCAAAAAAAAGGGAUUGACUAUAAAGCAACAUGCAGGACGGACUGGAGGUGGACCAGCCAGCGGGCAAACCUUGUCAGCUAGUGACAAAAGAGUGCUAGCUAUAAUGGGUUCCAUAGCAGUGGAAGGACAAGCCUCUGUAGAAAAGCUUGGAUUUAAUAUAUCUCAAUCUUCUGAUGAUCCUGUUGCUCAAGAGGAUAUAGUGUAUGUGAUAGAAAGUGUAGAUGAUACAAAUACCACCACGAGGCCCACUCGUGCUCAGGAACAGCGGCCUGCUGCACCAUCCCCGCCAGCCUCACCAGCCCCUGCAGCACCAUCUGCAAGGCGUCGUCCGCGGCUAAGGUCGCCAGCGACACCGCAGUCUGCUGCCUCUCCCGACCGCCCUUGUUUGCGACCUCGCUGUAGACGGGCACCUACCCCCUUCGAGAGAGCGGCAAGCGAGUUUACGGCUGUGGAAUUACGACGCCUGGAGCUGGAGGAAACCAGGAUGAGACAGCAGCACGAGCGUGAAUUGCGAGCAUUGGAGGUUGAGCAUGAACGCAACCAAGUUUUUAAUAGACUAGUGGACGUCGCUCAAGCCUGGCUUGAUAGAACACUGAACCACUGAUCAUUGAAUAGUUACUCAGUCUCAGUGGUUAUAUAGAAUCUACGCGAUCUAUCGUAGCUUGCGCUAUCCUUUUACUACAGCAAAGGUCCCCUGAGUUGACCUUUGCUGUUCAUAGUAAAAGGAUAGUGCAAGCUACGAUAGAUCGCGUAGAUUCUAUCUAACCACUGAGACUGAGUAACUAUUCAAGGAGAGCGCCCAGCAACGUGUCCUCUCUCUGGAAAGGCUCGCUGCCGACUGAUUUGAAUCGGGUCGCGCGCAGUGUUUUAUACUUUAAAAAAAAUAUAGAAAAAUAAUAGAGAUACUU